AUGGCUAGAACUUCAACAGGAGCAACUCCAUACCUACUAGUCUGCGGUACUGAAGCAGUCAUACCUGCCAAAGUUGAUAUACUUUCUUUGAGAAUCAUUCAAGAAGCUGAGCUGGAUAAUGCUGAAUGGGUCCAAGCUCAAUACGAGCAGUUGGCCUUAAUCAACGAGAAAAGGAUGGUUUUUGUAUGCCACGGUCAACUAUACCACCAAAGGAUGGCAAGAGCCUUCAACAAACGAGUCAGGGCUCGACUUUUCCAAAUCGGGAAAAUGGUGCUCAAGAGGAUUUUCCCACACCAAGAUGAAUACAAAGGGAAGUUCGCUCCCAAUUGGAAAGGUCCUUACGUGGUCCGCAAAGUACUCUCCGGAGGAGCAGUAGUACUAGCGAAAAUGGAUGGAAAAGAGUGGUCAAAGCCGAUCAACUCAGAUGCAAUCAAGCGCUACUAUGCAUGA